AUGUCAAAUGUUGGCUUGGAUUUUAACCAGAAGAAAAUGGAUUGGGAGCAGCUUGUCAAGAACAUUUUCAUCACGGAAGGACUUAGCAAGGUGCUGCCACUGUUGCAGAAACUUCCAAGCGGAGCAUCGUCGGUGGUUGCCUCGCUUCUUGUUUGUUUCUUCCCAGUCCUCGUGACGCUUAGGACCUUCACUCUGAGUCAGUAA